GCCAGGUUGAUCCUCGUAUUUGAGGUAGAACUGCUAAUGGACGAGGGACGUCAAAAGGACUUGCAGUUGCUGGAGGAAAUCAUCGAUAAAGGUUUAAAACAGAAGCUUGUACACACGAUUGCAUCACGGGACAAGAUCUUUGAAGAACAAAAAGUACUCUCUGACUUGCGGAAAAACCUAGUGACUCUGGAGAAAAAUGGUGUAAAUAGUCUCAAAACAAUGGUCAACCUCGGUUCAGAAGUUUACAUGCAAGCUGAAGUGCCAGACACAAGGCACGUAUUCAUGGAUGUAGGGCUCGGCUUUUAUGUAGAGUUUACCCGGCAAGAAGCUCUUGAUUAUAUUUCACAAAGGGAGGAACGAAUAAAAGAACAAAUAGAAGAGGUAACUCUUGUUAUCACGCAGAUCAAAGGGCGUAUUAAACUGGCUCAUUACCAGAUUCAGCAAAUACUCAAUCUUCCUGAACAGAAUCCAUCAUCAUCCCGAAGACGUGCGUUUAGUGACUAGUGGAUAACUGGUGAUUAGAAAAAUAUGCACUAAUGAGAGGAUUUUCUCUGAUUUUGUGAUUUUUUAAAGCUUAGGCGUGGAGGAGGAGAAACAGCUUAGUGUAAUAAUCAUUAUAAACGGAAUUGUUCUUGUGUUAGACAAACAAAAUCGAUAUAAUAGUCUUGAGUGAACCAUGGUUCGAGUUCGAUUAGUUGAUUCCCUGCGAGCAUGAAAAAUCCGUAUUAACCAUUUAUGAAAAGUUUCUGAAAUAUUCUAUAUU